CGUGAGAUCCUCCUCACGCGCAGGUUUGAAACGGCGGGAAAAUCGCUUGAGGACGAACUGACGUAAAAACGGACCCCAGCAGUUUUAUCGUCUGUAAAAGUUUUCUUAAAUUAGUUACAGUUUGAAAAUAAUCGGUUCGAGUUAUAACAUUUUGCGUUGAUUUAUGUGCGUUAAAUGAUUUUGAGGCAAGUUUGAGUGAGAUCGUCUGCACAAAACCAGUCGAAGAUUUGCGAUUUAAGUGAAAAACUUGGAAAAGGCUUUUAUCAAAUAUUCACACAUCUGGACAAUGGCCGCAUCAGGGAGGAAACAGAGCAAGAAGAUCAAACACACAGACAGCUCUGCAGACUUGAAGACUUUUGACUUCAGCACAGAUGAGAAGAAAGACCUCAGCGGAUCUGACGACGAUACACGAGAUGAAACUCCCAUCAUUGACAAGGUGGGCAAGAAACGAUCGGCAGAUACAUUUGAUAAUGAUGACCUGAAUGUUGGUGUGGGGAACGAGGUUCAAACAAUGCUGGAAAGAUUUGGUGCGGACAUCAACAAAGCCAUGCAUACCAAAAGGAAACGCUUGGAGGUUCUUACCAAAAAUUCAUUAAAGGGCACCACACAGAAAAUGGAGCAAAUGUGGAAAACCCAGCAGAAUCAGAGGCAGAAGCUUACACAAGAGUAUUCUCAGCAGGUCCUCGGUGUGCUCAAGUGGGAGACUGAUGUUCAGAAAUCAGAAGAACAAGAGGAAAAGCUGAAUAAUUUGUUUCGCCAGCAGCAGAAGCUCUUCCAGCAGGCAAGAGUUGUGCAAAACCAAAAAAUGAAAACCAUCAAAGAGCUUUAUGAGCAGUUUGUCAAGAACAUGGAGGAAAUGGAGAAAAGCCAUGAAACUUUUCUGCAGGGCACCCAGUUGGAGCUUAAAAAGGAGAUGGCCCUGCUGCAGAAAAAGAUAAUGAUGGACACACAGCAACAGGAGAUGGCCACUGUUCGGAAGUCCCUUCAAUCCAUGCUGUUUUGAAAAUGUUUAGAUUUUACAUAUCUAUCAUACAUAAUACUUCACCUUGUGUUAAAAGUUGAAUUUUAAAGGAAGGUUUCUUUUAGUUCAUAUGGUUUCAUGUUUCUCUGUAUUUAUUUUAUUUUGUAACAGUUUGGUCAUUUUAAUCCAUAGUUUGCUGUGUCAUGAAACCAUUUCAGAUUAGUUCUUUAUCCACAUUGUCAGGCAAAAUGCAAAGAUGUCUUUUUUAUUUCCCAUGGUCUAAGAAUAAAAAUAAUAUAUAUUGGUCUGUAGGUCAAUAAUAGAAUUCAUUAAAUCCUAAAACAUACAUUAAAAUGUA